AUGGGCGUGGCAUGGGUAUGGCAUGGGUAUGACAUGGGAAUGGCAUGGGUAUGGCAUGGGGUAUGGCGUGGCUGGGUAUGGCAUAGGCAUGGCAUGUGUUUAGAUAUGGCAUGGGUACGGCAUAGGUAUGGCAUGGGUUUGGGUGUGGCAUGGGAGUGGCAUGGGUAUGGCAUGAAAUGGGUAUGGGUACGGGUAUGGUAAGGGUUUGGCAUGGGUAUAGUAUGGGCAUGGCAUGGGUAAGGGUAUCGAUAUGGUGUGGGCAUGGCAUGGGUAUGGCAUGGGCAUGGCAUGGGUAUAAAAUGGGUAUGGGUACGGGUAGGUACGGGUGUGGGUUGGUAGCUUUAGAACGCGAGGGCCGAAGGCCCGAGCAAUUUAUUACUGUCAUGCGAAAUGAUUAAAAAUAUUUGAAUAAAAGCCAAUUCUAUGAUCAAAAAUUGAGUUGCGAGGGCCGCAGGCCCGAGCCUAAUCUUUGAAAUAUAAUAAACUGUAUUAAAAUUAGCAUAUUAAAAUAAAAUGACAUUGCAGUGACCAGAUCAUAGGACGUUGAUCUGGUCCCAAUAUAAAUGCAGAGAGAUGGUUCGUGUGACAGAUUGGUGAAGCCAAAAUAAGAGUACAUCUGUACUGAGUGAGAGAGUCAUGCAAAUUUGCGGGAAAAAUCAUUUGAAAAUGAAAAUUUUAUGAAAUUUUAAAAAAGGAAACCGGUCAGUCGCAUGAAAAUUUUUCGAGGAAAGCGGUCGGGUUUUCAAAUGGUUUGGGCAAUGAUUUCGGAUACUAUUUUGAGUAUGAUACUAUAUUGUGUGAGAUUUGAAAUAUGUUGGACGUAGCAUGGGUAUGGAUACGAAUAUGAGCAUGGAUAUGGGCAUAGGUCACGGUAUGGGUGUGGAUAUUGGCAUGGGUAUGAAUAUUGGCAUGGGCAUGGAUAAAAAUAUGGGCAUGGUUAUGGAUAUAAAUAUGGGCAUGGGCAUGGGUAUGGAUACGAAUAUGGGUAUGGGCAUGGGUCACGGUUUGGAUAUUGGCAUGGGUACGGGUGAGUAA